AUGAUAUUGCUCAAAAAAAUGAGGCUCCUGCUGUUCCUGGUUUCCCAGGUGGCUGUCUUUGCUCUCUUCUUCCACAUGUAUAACCAUGGCGCCCUGUUUAGAAAGGAGGAGCCCAAGCCUGUGCAUGUGCUGAUCCUGACUUCCUGGCGCUCUGGCUCUUCUUUCGUGGGGCAGCUUUUUGGGCAGCACCCAGAUGUCUUCUACCUAAUGGAGCCAGCCUGGCACGUGUGGAUGACCUUCACCGACAGCACUGCCUGGAGUCUGCACAUGGCCGUGCGGGAUCUACUGCGUUCCGUCUUUCUGUGUGACAUGAGUGUCUUUGAUGCCUACAUGAAACCUGGUCCCCUCAAACAGUCCAGUCUCUUCCAGUGGGAGCACAGCCGGGCACUGUGUUCCCCACCUGCCUGUGACUUCUUCCCCAGGGAGGAGAUCACCUUCCACGCCCACUGCAAGACCCUGUGCAACAAACAGCCCUUCACCGUGGUGGAGAAGGCCUGCCGCUCCUACAGCCACGUAGUACUCAAGGAGGUGCGCUUCUUCAACCUGCAGCCCCUCUACCAGCUGCUGAUAGACCCUUCCCUCAACCUGCACAUCGUGCACCUGGUCCGGGACCCGCGGGCUGUGUUCCGUUCCCGAGAACACACCACAGCAGAACUCAUGAUUGACAGUCAUAUUGUGAUGGGGCAGAAUUGGCAGAAACUCAAAAAGGAAGAUCAUCCGUACUACACGAUGCAAAUCAUYUGCAAAAGCCAGCUGGACAUAUACAAGGCCAUCCAGUUCUUGCCCAAAGAUCUGCAGAAGCGCUACUUGCUCAUCCGCUAUGAAGACCUAGUCCGGGCCCCACUGGCUCAGACUUCCCGGAUGUAUGAAUAUGUGGGGUUGAAAUUCUUGCCCCAUCUCCAGAACUGGGUGGUUAACAUCACCCGGGGCAAGGGCAUGGGAGAGCAUGCCUUCCACACCAAUGCCAGGAAUGCCCUCAACGUUUCCCAGGCUUGGCGCUGGUCCUUGCCUUAUGAAAAGGUUUCUCGGCUUCAGGAAGUCUGUGGUGAUACUAUGGAUGUGCUGGGCUACCUCCAGGUCAGAUCCAAGCAAGAGCAGAGCAACCUCUCCCUGGACCUUCUGUCUACCUGGAAACCCUCUGAGCGAGUCUACCAGGGGGGAAAAGGCUCUGUCCCCACCUGGUUCUAA